AUGCUUUCGCUAUCACGUAAAAUUGGAAAUCUAAAGGUGAGUUGGUUUUUAGAUGGUGGAACUUCUAUUCGCACAAGUCCAGCUGUGCAAUGCAAGCGAGGCCUUGUAAACGAAAUUGCGUAAGCUGGCUGAAAAUUAAACAGCUCUUUUCACAGGAUAAUGAUACUUGACUAUUAGUCAUCAUUUCUUUUAGAAUAUGCAUUGUUUGGACUUUUCAUCGAUUCUGCUUUUGAGUUAAUGUCACUUUGUAUUUGUUAUAUUUUCAUAAGCUGGAGAUUUCUUCGCUCUGUCUGUGUUUGUGUCUGUACCAUAUGCUGAGCUCUUUGGAUCUAGUUGCCGAUAAAUGCGGCUAGUUAUUACCAUAUGAUUAGCAAUAAUUGCUGAUUUAGAUACUUGUCAAGGAGGUUCAACCCGUUAAAUCAUGUUAUUUGUGAAUUAUAUUAAAUUGUGGCGUACGGAAUUGAACUAGGAGAUGGGUGGGUAGGGGGAGGGGACACUGAGCUGGGAAUGUCUGGUUUAUGUAUGGGGAUGAGGAUGGUAAGUGAAUUAAAACAGGAAAUUUUCACAACAUUGCCAUUUUACUGAAAAUACCAGAAUGGUUUUAGAAUUUUAUCUUGUGCGUAUUUAGGUUAUUGCUAAAAUCAAUUCUGGUAUUUGUAAGUAAUCGUAACAUUAACAUCAGAAUCACUGAAAGUUAGCAUCCUGCUACAGUGGCAUUGCUGCUUGAUAUUUGAUUGUCCACCAAAAGGAAUGAUGUGAAAAUUCUUAUGUGUGAGACAAGCCCUGUAAUUUAUUGCCGUUACCAUACUGUAAAAUUCCGAAAAUAAGCCCUGGGGCUUAUAUUUUUCAAAGGCCCUUUAUGAGAGGUUUAUUUUUGGAGGGGCUUAUCUGCAUUUCAAAAUCGAUUGGGCUAGCCUUAUAGUUUGAAGCAAGUUUACCGUUUUUGCUUUGUUUUACUUUGUAUUUUUUCCAAGCAAACUUAAAGGGGCGAUUUAACGCAGGGUUUUUUGCAUUACAAGUUUUGGGGCUUAUAUUUGGAAAUUUAUGGUAUGUUGGUCACUUUUUUAUUCUUUUGUGAAAUAAAGCAGUAAAAUGCACCCUAAAUUUAUGAAGCAAAGCAUGUGCCAACAUGCAGAUAUAGGAGGAGAAGAUUUGGAUCUUUUGAAAUCAUAAAAUUGCAAAAAUGAUAAAAAUAAUUUUAAAAAUGGAAUAAAGAUCAUGGCUGUGAUCUCAGAAAAUUAAUAGAGAGCUGAAAAGCUGUAGCAUAUGAAAUCCAGGGUGACCCUGUAGACAUAUUUAUGAGCGAUUAAAAAGUUUGCUGAAUUUGUAGUUUUCAAAUGAGCUAAUACAGCUAAAACAACUGCAAAUAUGAAAACUCAAAAAACUACUUUUCUGUUUAUGAAAACCAAAUUAAAAACUGAAUGUUUUUAAAAGGCAUCAGCCAUGAAAAACUCACAAGAAAGAAUGCAUAGCUCACUGGAUUUAUUUCUUUUUGUAAUUCAACUCCUUUGUUCCACUCAGUAAACAGCCAACUAGUUUGCCCCUUUGCCAAUAGUCAUGUGGAUUCUCAACUGUGUUUCCCAUUACCUUGUUGUUUAUGAUUAUUUCAGUGGAGUGCCUGUUAGCUAACUGUUAUUCCACUUAGCCUGUUCCUGCUGUUCAGAUAGUAAAGCGCAGUUGAAAAAUAUAACAAGCACAAAAAAUGAGGGGAGACUGGAGACAGCUCCCCCAAUCUCCCCUCAUAUUUACCAUAUUUGUUUCACCCCAACUUCCAUGUACUGUACUUAAACUGUUCAUUUGGUUUUCAAGAAGCCGAUUUUUUCAUUCUGAUGUUUGUUUGCAGCCCUGCUGGGACACUCUCUUCAGCAGUUCAACCUUGCAGUCUCUUUACCGUGCCUCGGCAAUAAGGGCCACCAUCUGGACAGGUCAGGAGAAGCUUGAAGAUGAUGACCCUGAAAUGAAUGACUUGAUCAAGCAGGAGAAGGACAGACAAGUUAGAGGCCUGGAACUCAUAGCCUCUGAAGUGAGUUGAAUUGACUAGUACAACCUAGAUCAUCAGGAAUUAAAACGAAUGGUAGAGAAUGGUCCAGGAAAUUGGGAAAUUUUGCUGUCAUUUACUAACAAAUUCUUAAAGAUAAAUGAACUGAACUUGAUUGUGUAAUUAUGUUACAGAAUUUCUGCAGCCGUGCUGCUUUAGAAGCCAUGGGAUCUUGUUUGAACAACAAAUACUCUGAAGGCUACCCUGGACAAAGGUAGUUUUAAUCACAAAUUUGAAAUAAUAGUUUUUGUGUAACUAAGUAAAAACUGCAGUACAGAAGAGCUACCGAAGGAACAAACCCAAGAGUCCACAUUACAGAGAUGCUGGCUAUUGUCUAGACUGGUAGCUAUUGUAUGUAGUUUGGUGUGUUUAGGACCUAGCAAACUGUCUGCUGUAGACUAGUUUGGGAGUAGAUUUUGGGGUGUCAUACAUACCUACAAAGGGUUUGUCAGGCAAUCCUCCUCUUACAUCUGUGUGGGGUCUAUCAAAAAAAAUUGUAUUAUGGGAGCAUAACAUGUUAUACUAAAAACUUGUGUCCAAUACUAUUUUGUCCCUGGGAAAGUAGAGCUUUAUUCCUCUCCUCCUUUCUCUGCUCAUUUGUGGUGCUCUUAAGGGUUCCACCAUUGGCGCUCAUAGUUGACCACAAAGUAGUACCCAUUGGUGUUGCCUAUGAUAUCCAAAAUCAAGUGCUUGGCUCCACAUCACAGUUGAUUUAGCCUCUGGAUUUGGUAGGGGUUCCAAAUGUGGUACAUAGAGAAGUGUAUUCCACGAAGGUGUAUAUGGCCAGGCUGUCAGUUUUCACAGAUUGUGGGAUUUCUUUCACUGUGGAACCAACAGAUAGUUGGGACACUGUUUCCCCAAAUAAGAUUGUGUUUGCAGGACAUUACCGCAAACUUCGGUCAGCAAGAAACAUAGUUGGAGGCACAUUAAAACCUUCAGCAUCAACCCUUUUGGUUAUCUCUUUCAACAUAUCUGCAGGGAUCCAUUGCCAUUAUUUUUCCCCAUUGAAGUGUUACAUGCCUCCCCUUCUCUCCACAUAGAGUGUGUCAUUUUCUUUUUACUCUCACGCAGGUACUAUGGUGGAACACAAAUUAUUGAUAAAAUUGAGCGGCUUGUUCAGAAGAGGGCACUAGAAGCCUUUCACUUAGAUCCUAAGGAAUGGGGUGUAAAUGUUCAGCCAUACUCAGGUAAAAACCCAAAUACAAAGCAAAAUCACUUAAAACUGGGAAAAAACCUGCUGCCUAGAAGCUGAGAGCCUAUGAAGCCCAGGGUGCGUAGCCCUAGUAUUGACAUUUUGUGCAGAAGGUACAGCUGUUCUAUUCCAUUCACACCAACUAAACAUAUUUAAUUAUACCAGGUUCCAAAUAUAAUGAAAACCAGGCACAGAAAACUGGAACAGAGGUUUUCACACAGGAUAUAAAUGAAAUUCAACAGUCAGUUACCAGUUACUUAAGUUUAAACUGUGUUUAACAAAACAGCUUUUAAUCAUGUUUUAGCUUUGGUGUGAAUGGGACAAGAUGUCCUUUUCAUGACGGGGACAACAUUGGACACAUUGUGUUGCUUCAAGUCAGGGGUGACUGACUCUGUGGAGACGGCCAUUUGAAUUUUUCUCUCUCUCUCUCAGUGAUCACUUGCACCCAAUAUUUUUCAUAGUUUAUUGCAUGUGCAUCUUUUUAUGUUAUUUGUCAACUGUCCUCUUUGAAAAAACUUCAAUUUCUCUUUCAUUCAACUCAUUAAAAUAUUAUCAGACUGUUUACAUACAGAGAAUAACUUUACGUGUUGUACUUACGUAGAGUAUUUUUUUAUUGACAUUUAUUUUUACUUUGGCAACCCACCACAACUGACUGGUCAGUGAUGCUUAAUUAACCCAUCAUUGUGACCAAUAUAUAAAAUAAUAUUGAUUGAUUGAAAAAGCUGUUAAUUUAAUUCAAUCACUUUUGAGGACUGAAAAAUGAAUUUAAAAAUUAAUGCAUAUGUUACAGGUCAAAUUCAAAUUCAGGUUAAAUUGUUUUAACCUUGGUUGAUUUCCAAUUUUCUUUGUCUCCUAGCCCUAAUUCAUGAGUAAUCAGGGCUAGGAGACAAAAUAAUGAAAGUGAGAAUCAACCUAGUUUAAAAAAUUUUAACCUGAAUUUAAGUUUGACCUGUAACACAUACAUUAUUCUUUAUUUCAAGCACAUACAUGUGCAAGUAUUUGUAAAAUUUCUUGAAUUUCAGGAUCUCCUGCUAAUUUUGCUGCUUACACUGGUCUUUUAAAACCUCAUGACAGAAUAAUGGGAUUGGACUUACCCCACGGGGGACAGUAAGUUUGCUAUAACUCAGAGUUGUUAACUAAAAAAGUGAAUUUAGAUGGAAUCCUUUAGGAAACUGAGUAAUUUUCAUUUUCAGUGGACAAAACCCUUGUACCAGAAUAAUUUGAAGCAUAUUACAUUCUUUUUUACACUUUUAAAGGGCUGUAGAUGUAAUGUUAGUUAUCUAUAAUAACAUCAAAGAAAAUUUACUACGGGAACCCGAGAAAAUAAAUUUCAUAUAAAAUGAAAUUUUAACAACUUUUACCAAGUUUUCACAAUUCCUGUAAAAAUUUGAAGGAAAGAAAGAAAAUUGUCUUUGGUGCAUUUUUGACAACUUGCAUUUUUGGCACCUGAAAAUGCCGUCUGUGGUGGACGGAAGGCUAAAACAGUGAAAAAAAUGUCUGGUGUUAAAAUUAUCCAUCAAAUAUGUGUGGAUGGAGCCUAACUGUAGGAACUGGAAGAAACGGAGAAUGGAGCUUGACUUAUCUUUUUGUAAGAGAAUUUCAAUCCCAAGUUUUUAAGUCAGUAAUAAUAAUUCAGUAAUUUCUGUGAUUUCUUUCUUAUGUUUUCAGCUUGACGCAUGGCUUUAUGACUGAUACUAAGAGGAUUUCAGCAACAUCUAUUUAUUUUGAGUCCAUGCCGUACAGACUGAAUGUAAGUACAAACUGAAUGUGUACAAAAAUAUAGGGUAACAAAAAGAGCUUUGUUCCUGCGUUUUUAAAGGUCUGUUUUGAUCACCUGUUUGAUAACCUUGAGUCUGGGAAAAGAAAUUAUUGUUUUGGAAAAACGUGUGAAAACAGUCCUGAAUUUUGGAUCCAAAAAUCUUUAGGAACCCUGAUGUUAGUUGUAAAAGCUUUAAUGGUUGAGUUUGAAGAAAAGGAUUACUUUUAAGGGGUAAUGAUGAAUGUUUAGAGCUCAAAUGAAAAAAAAAAACAUAAAACAGGGCAUUCUAAGAAAUCUCCAACAAAAAAUCAACUGUGGAUAACCUAUAGUAGAGAUCAGUUUGGGCUCAGAUUCAGGCCACUUGUAAGUUUACAGACUAGUUAAUGGAACAUGAUGCUACAGCCCUAUGGGGCAUCUCCAUGUGAUGUAUGUUAGACCUGUCACUGUAUCUAUUAUUAGGUUUUUAUCAAUAGUUACAUUGUAGCAUUUGUCAUCACUGUCGAAAGGCAAAUUAGUUUGCCUUUUAUGAAUAGGCCUUUUUCAAAAAUACCAUAAUACUCUAUGUCGCCCCUCCCAAAUUUUGCAUAAGCAUUGUUUUCAAUUUCUCUUGGGACUUACAAUCACCAUGAGAAAUUAAAUUCAAUGCUUAUGCAAAUUUUUGAGGGACAACAACGAGUAUAAUUUAUGGUAUUUUUGAAAAAGGCCUAUGGCUAAACCAGUGAAUACUACAUACAUUUAUGUUUCCUUUGCUGCAAUACAUACAAUCAGUGACAAAAUUAAUUAAGACACUUAGACCAAAACAUUACAUUGCAUGAGCAUAUUUUUAUUUAAUCUUAUCACAAAUGGUGCAAAACACCUUUCAGUGGUACCCCUCCCCCCUUUCUCUAGUCAUUGUUGUACCGCUUGUCAUAAGGUUUGUGGGCAGACACAAACAACCCAACCUUGUUAAACGGGAGGGGUUGAGGGCUGUCUUGCUCGGGGUACCUCAAAACAUCUCUUUUUAUGAGAGUGUCUCAACAACUUUUUUCCCAAUUGUAGCUUGUUGUAAUAGUAUUAUACAAUUCUGCUCUUUGGCUUUGACCUCAUACAUUGCAGUGUUCUCCCUAGCAUUUCUGGCAGGCCAGGGGGUAUUCUAACUGUGAUUUUCAACAGUGUUUGUAUGAAGCCUGAAUAAUAAUAGAGAGAGCGAAAUAUAAUCAGUUCUUAAAAGACUCUUUGACAAGCUUUAGUUUCGUCCUUCACAUAUUGGGUUGACCAAGUUCUCCAUUUUGACAAAAGCAAAGGAGGUAAUAUGUAAGAUGCUUGAUGGGCCCUUGUGUUUCUGGGGUAAAAAAUUUAAGAUGGCUGCCUUUCAGCCAAACGACAAAUUUGAACAUGUUCAUUCAACAAUAACUCACUUUAUAAUAAAUAAAUUGCAAGAAAACACACAAAUAAAAACACAAGACAAUGAUGUUUCACCAACUUUCUUGAGCGAUUUCGUCUUUGAAAUACCUGGCUCUAGCAGAAGCUUUCGUUGGGUUUAAUUUAAGCCGGGCGGCUUGCCUAGCCUAAAAUACCUAGCAAUGCAUCUGUGGUCAGAAGUUCUGAGUCACACUUUUGCUUAUGCCAAGCCAUUUUCUGUUAAGCUGUGUAAACUUGGGGAUGCUAAUAGGCGUUUGGGCUUCAGUUAUAAGUAUGUGCAGCGAGUUCCCCAAGCUAGGUUUUCUAGUUUAUUUUACUGAUUUUUCAUGAUACAGACUGUAUUGACCUGCCAAUAUUCCGGUUUGACCUAGCAGUGCUGGCGAGAUAGGUGAGGCAUGAGAGGUCGUUCAGUUCGCUAGUCACUAAGUGCUGCUGCUGCAGUGUGUUGCUGGUCUAGGUUGCAGCUCAUAGUGCUUGUAGUGACAUUAAUGGUUGUUUAUUGAUCUGUAGUGUGACGUUUUCCUAAAUAAUUUUACUUUGUUGAUAAAAUAAUUUGAUCAUAAUACACACCAAAAAACCCACAUUUUAUUGAAGCAAUUUUUUAUUAGUAUCAGUGAAUCAGAAACAAAAGUAUACUUUAAUUUCUCAUUUUCAAACAAUUCUUCUUAAAUUCUGUGUUACAAAUGUUUUUUAGACUGUGAGUAAUUGAAUCUAAUGUGCCAAGGAUAAAACAUAAAUAUUUAGAUUUGCUUUAUUUCACAGACUGACACCACUGUAAAUUGCAAUUUUGUCAUUUUAUUUAUUUCAGGAAGAUACAGGGUUGAUUGACUAUGACAAACUGGAGGAAACAGCUCGUCUGUUCCGUCCACGUCUCAUUAUUGCUGGUGCUAGCGCAUAUUCUCGACUUUAUGACUAUGAAAGAAUGAGAAAGGUACUUUCAAUCCCUGAGUGAAUAAUAGAAACAUCGGAGCCACAAAUUAAAUAGCAAUGAAUUAAUUUUUUUACAAUAGUUUAUUGGUCAUCAGACAAUGUCCAGCAAACAUUGGCCCCUAAACAAUGAGGCUUUAAACUGCAGUCAGACAUGAUGGCCAAACAAAUAAAAUUUCCCUUGAGUGUAUUUGAAUUGUAUACAUACGAACAAAAUUAAUGUUGCAGUGAAUAUAUGGCAUUUGAAAUUCAAGAAUUUAAAAUUUUACCACUCUUUAUUUACAUUAUAGCACUGGUGCUUUUAAUUUGAAAGUCAGUUUGAUAUUGUUGUUGUGUCAGAUUGCAGAUGAACAUAAAGCUGUUUUACUUGCUGACAUUGCGCAUAUCAGUGGCCUUGUAGCUGCACAGGUCAGUGAAAUAUCUACCUUUAAAAAAAUAUUAUUACUUGUCUUGUAAAACAUCACAUGUGUUAUUGUUACUGGUCUUAAAAAGGUUAACCUACAAGUUUUUGAAUUGAAUAUUCAAGUAGUAACUGUGGUCUUAGAUUUUUGAAAGAUACUCACCAAAAUCCAACCAGUGAAAGUGUCUCUUCAACAACCACUUCACUUUAGUAGCUAAUUGUUUCUUCAUUUUAGUACCCCUGCAUCUUACUUCUUCACUCAAGUUUUGUUCUUAAAAUCAUCUCAGUGCAUAAUUUUCACCUGUGUAAAUUCCCUUUGGUAUCUUUAUCAACCUUUUCGGUGCAAUUUUUUUUUCACACAUAAUUUCCUGAACACCUUCGUAUAGAGAUGGGAGUUGAGGCCUAUUAAAACCCCAUGAAGUUGAGAUAAAAAUCAACCAAAACCUAAAAACUGUAGACCUUAAUCAUUGAAAGGAGACAAUUAAUUUUCACAUAUCCUUUGCUGAUUUUGCAACAAAAGAACUUACAGAUCUGUUUUACCUUUUGUACCUCUUACAAUAAUUGAUCAACACAGAUCAAUACAACAUUGCUCAGUUAAUUGAUCAACACAGCAAAAACCAGAAACCAAAGAAAAUAUGAAAACUUUUCUUAUUGACACCCUGAAAAGAAUUUCAACAGAAAAACUGAAAAUUUCAAAAGGAAAAACAGAAGCUAUAACGAGAUAAUAGACAAUGAAAAAGACUUUUACAGGGUGAAGUGAAGUGACACCUAUAUUUAAAGAGGGUAAACAUGGACAGUUUUGACCUAAACUGAUAAACUUGUGGCCUUCAGUAAACAUAAAAUCUAUAAUAAUUUUACAAUGUAAUUAUAAAAAGAUAAAAAAUUUACAUAUGUAAAUAAAAUUUAGCUAUUUAAAAACUAUUUAAAACAAGUAAAAUUAAAAUGAAAAUUUUACUCAUUUUACUAUCUUACGGAAUUAAACCAGGGUGACUACUGUGCAUCUUUAUGUUUUGGAUAUUUAACCAAGUGGAAAACAAUUUUUCAUGGUCUUUACCCUUAUUGACCAUAAAAGUGACCUCAAAGUGUACAAAACUUAAGUGGAACCAGCAGCUGCGGGUAAGUGGUUUCAUUGAGAAGUUUUGAACAUUUUGAGGUGGGCUCAUUUCCAUGGGAAUUUUUUUUCCCAUUACAUAGAGAGUUAUUGACAUCCAUUUUCGUUGAAACUUUUUGGGAAACCACAUGUGUGAAAAGAAAAACAAAUUGUGCCAUCACCACAUCAUUUUCACGGCCUGUACUCUUAUCAGCCAUAGCUCUUGACCAAUCUGCACAAGAUAUCCCUGUGUAAGGUUUUGGUAAAAUAUAUAUUUUUAUUGUUUUGCUUGUUAACAGGUCAUUCCCAGUCCAUUUGAUCAUUCCCAUGUUGUAACCACAACAACUCACAAGACUCUUCGAGCUGUCAGGUAGCGUGAAUUUUCUCAAAAUUUACAUUUUAAAUAUGGCUUUAAUGUCACUGUGUUGCUUUGAAAGCUAUGGUUGAUUAAUCUUCAGCCUUUGGUACUGAUCCUUUCCUGUUUCAGAGCUGGCUUGAUUUUCUACCGUGUUGGCGUUAAAGGAAUCAACAAGAAAACUGGAAAAGAUAUCCUUUUAGAUUAUAUCUAUUAUUUUAAUAGAAGAGGUUUCUGUAAGGAGCCUUAACUGCUUAUUCUUGUUUGAAUUGGUUUGUGUUUGUGGGGAAGACUGAGUCUAAAUUUCACCCCUUGUAGGGGAAUCCAGGUUCCAGAAUCCAGGGUCUGAAAUCUGGGAAAGUUUUGCUUGUGGAAUCUGGAACCCUGGCCUGUGGAAUCCAGAAUACAGAUCAAGGAAUCUGGAAUCCCACUAACGACAGGACUUGGGAAUCCAAGUUUGACUGACAAAGAAUCCAGAAUACAUGGGGUGGAAUCCAGAAUCGAAGACUGUCGCGCAUUCCUUUACAUGGGGAGGAUAAAGUCAUCAGUUACUUCGAUUAUUUUUCACACACACCUCCAUUUUUACUAAGCACUUUCAGAUUGACAUUAACGUACAAUAUUGUCCUUGACAAUGCUGCAGACAUCAAGUAUGAUUUUGAUAAGAACAUUGACUUUGCAGUGUUUCCAUCACUCCAGGGAGGCCCACAUAACCAUGCUAUAGCUGGUGUGGGUGUCGCACUCAAACAGGUGAGUAGCAAGUGUCAAUCAAGCGACAGUAUUGCCUUGGAAGGGUGCAACAAAAGGCUUGUCUGAUAGCCCAGGGCUAGUGAAUUCUGUUCUUAACUUAUCCAACAGGUGUAAUCAAUCCUGGUCAUUAAAAAUUUGCUCUUUAUGUCUUUAUGCUUAUAGGAAAAGUUGAGAUAAUGGCAUUCAACAGAUAAAUUAACUUGUAGUUAUGUUUCAGGCACAAACACCGAUGUUUAAGGAAUACCAGCAACAGGUCCUGAAGAACGCAAAAAGCAUGGCCAAAGCUUUGAUAGAUUUAGGGUACUCCAUUGUAUCGGGUAUGUUUGCUAGAAGACAUUCAUAUUUUUUCACAAUUAAGUUAUCCUGUAGAAACUCUCCAGGGUUGCAUGCUCUUUACAUUCCUUUAAGAACUAUGUAUCUCCAUUAUUCAGGGUACUCACAGUCUUGAAAAGUCCUUGAAUUUUAGGGGAAGCCCUUGAAAAGUCCUUAAAUGUCUGUGCAAGUCCUUGAAAAGUCCUUGAAUUUCCUUCAACUUUGAAUGCAGUGGUCUGGAAAGUGUUUUUUAAUGCAUUUUGCUUGUCCAAGACCGAAUAUAAAUCAUGGCUCAGAGAAGUUAAAGGUGAUUUACAUAAGGCAUCUUUUGUUUUAUGCAAUAAUUAACUAUCGAUUUAAGAUAAGUGAACUGAAAAAUGUAGAGAAGUUGUUGGAGAAAACAGUUUAAGCCUUAAAGUUCUGUUAGAAUGGACCACGAAAGUGCAUUUUUGUGCAUUAUCUGUGAAAUUACAUUCCUAGUAGAUGGUCCUUGAAAAUUCCUUUAAAAAGAUAUGGUUGCUAUUUUUUUGUAUCAGCCCUGUUAUUGUAUUUCUCACUUGUUUGGCAGGUGGAACUGACAAUCAUCUCGUCCUGCUGGAUCUGAGACCCAGAGUAAGUUUAUUAGUUAUCUUUGAAUACUCAACUAUGACGUCCUCACAAGCUUUUUUUACAUUUAAAAUAGCGAUAUCAAGAAACUUUUAGACAAAGUUUUUAAAAUACGUCUAGACUGCUAGCAGUCUCGCUUUUUCUUCAGAUUUAGUAAGCAGAAUGCACGCGCGCGCGAGUGUCGAGGCGAGAAACGAGGGCGGCACGUGGUCAUUUUCCCCGCGCGUUUUUUUUUUUUUGACGGACUAAGAAGAAAGAGAGACUGCUCGUAGUCUAAAAUAGGCCCCAACAGGAAUUGUGGAAGAACUGCUGAGGUGAUUUCCCAUCUUAUGCAAAGUUACAGCUUGCGCAUGUCGGUGUGGCAGUAAAAAAGAAAUGUGGCGAAAUGGAUGAAUGAUAAUAGGGAGCUUAAGCAGCGAUGUUUUUGAGCGACGCACGUCAACCGGAAGUGAGGUAUUUUCCCUCUUAACAUGCCUUGAUGAUAUAAAAUUUGUAUUCAUUUAGCUUCUUUACUGUUAUAGAGGCGAUUUGGCUGAAAAUUUGCGCGAAACCACCGUCAAAAAAUGAAAAACGGCCACUUCCGGUUGACGUGCGUCGCUCAAAAACGUUGUUGCUUAAGCUCCCUAAUUAUUGUUACGUCUUUGUUCUUUAGGGAAUUGACGGAGCCCGCGUGGAGAAGGUUUUGGAAAUGUCCUCAAUAACAGCAAACAAAAACACUUGUCCUGGCGAUAAGAGCGCUCUUAAACCAGGCGGACUCAGAUUAGGUAAAUAAACUACAGCUAUUUCUUAGUUUAAAGUGUCUAGCCUAAGAAAACAGUCUACAUUUCGAGACGUCACUACUGCUUUUCCCGCGAAACGACUUCUGAGGAACGGCUGCAGAAAUUCCAUACCGAUGACGUGUCACUACCCAGAUCUGAGUACAUCUAGUGAUACGUCAUCAGUAUGGAAUUUUUGUGUUCGUGCCUCAACCGUCAUUUCGCCGGGAAACCAGUGUUGGCUUCGCAAAAUGUCGGCUGUAAUGUCAGGCUAUACUUGUCCUGUUUAUACCAUUAGUCUAGAGUAAGCUCGAACUUACAUCAUAAGACUUCUACCGCGUAGAAAUUUUCCCAGUUUGCCUGGUGUGCAAUACAAAAAAAAAAAAAAAAAAAGCAAGAAGAACGUUAGCUAGUUCAGAACUAUGCCUGCAGAAUCGUAGUUGGUUUAAGAAAGUACGAUCAUGUUUCAGAAGCCCUGAAGUCCCUUAAAUGGCUUAAGGUAAGGGAUAAACAGCCUUUUAACGACCUAGUGAUGGUGUACAAAUGCUUAAAGAACUUAAAACCUGGUUACCUUCACAGACGCUUCCAAUAUCGCGCAAAAAACUCACCAAAGAGUCACUAGACAGAACAAAGACCUUACGUUGCCUUGGUAUAGGCUGGCCACUGGCCAAAAGACUUUCAGCUACCGUGGGGCAAAACUUUACAACAGUAUAGCUAAAGAUAUAAGAGACACAAGAAAUUUUAACGCUUUUAAAAAGAGAAUUUUUAAAUAUCUUUUUAAUUCAUAGAUAGUUUUUUUAUUAUAGAGAUGUAAAUAGUCUUUAAAAUUAAUGUUCUAUUACUAUCAUUAUUAUUUAUAGAAAUUCGUUAUUUCAUCAUUGAAAUGUAAAAAGUUUUCUAGUUUAUUUUAUUUUAUUUUAUUUUAAUUCGUGUAUGUAUGGCGGAAGAGCCCCAAGGGGGAGCUAUGCGAUAAAGUAUGUAUGUAUGUAUGUAACUUCUUACGAGACUAAGAUACCUGGUUUCCUUGUAGGAGCGCCCGCGCUGACAUCGCGUAAUUUCAAGGAAGAGGACUUUGUAAAGGUUGUGGAGUUCAUUGACCGAGGAGUUAAGAUUGCUUUAGAGGCUCAAAAAUCAACAGGUAAAAAUAGGUAACAUGUAUAUGUGUUCGGUACAUUUGCGAGCCUUUCCCAAAGGUUGCUGAUCAUUAGCGAGGAAGCUUUUGUAUAGUUUUAAUAGAACUUCAGCCUUAACGUCAGAUUGAUAUCUGUUUUAAGUGGAAAUUUAAAAACAUUGUGGUUCAUGUAAAAAGUUAUAAGAACUAACCACUUACCAGCAAUAGCUGACAAGUAAAAAAAUAGCUUGUUAUAUAUUGCUAAGAAAUCGAUUAUUCCUUGGAAUUAAUAUAAUUCAUUGUACCCUUAAGUUUCUAGCCUGCAAACAGCAGACGCAUUUCCGGUCGUCGCUUCUCUCCCUCGGAAAAAUUUUAAGCGACGACCGGAAAUGCGUCUGCUGUUCGCAUUUUUUCUUUUGGCUUUUUUCUUAAGGCUUCAGGAGGGAGGCAGUUAUGCACAGUCUCCUAGAAAGACUCCCUUUGGUGGACUGAAUCUUUUAGGAAGUGUAGAAAACCUUAAGGCACAAGUCAUAACCAGAAGCAAGUACAUACAGAAGGCCCUGUUAGUUUUAUUCAUUAUUAAAUCGUAAAGCGUACAAAAUUAGGCUGCGUAGAAGGCUUUCCAAAGGAAGUAAACGCGUAGGGCACCCUGUUGCUUUGCAGGCCCUGCUGUCGGGCAGGCAGUGCACGCCGGGAUACAAAACCACAAGUUUCUUAGUGCUGCGUACGGGUGUAAUCACCAAAUGACGUAAUACAAAACAUUGAAAAUACAUUGAUAGAUACCACAUCACAAAACCAAUGGUUUUCGCAACACCAAGAAACAGCCACAACUAUUGAUUGGUUGCACAAGGAAAGAAGUGAUGUCCUUAGACGUCAGACCUUGAUUAAUUAUUGGCUUCUCUUUCUCAGGUGACGUCAUGAAAGACUUCUUGUCUCACAUCGAAUCCAAUUCAGAAACCAAAGACAACAUUGAUACCCUCAGGGGAGAGGUGGAGAGUUUUGCCAGAGGCUUUCCAAUGCCAGGAUUUGACAACCACUAAAGACAAAAAUGUAUGAAGACAGGGAAUUGAAAUGGUGCAGAAAGAUGACCACGGACAAGCCCGUGAAUUCUUCUUGUCAGGGUCGAGUUGUUCGAAGCUCUGUUAGCUCUAAUCCUGGGUUAUUCCUUUACGAGAUCCAAGGGCGACCAACAUUGAUUUUCUCCUUACAUCGUCGAUACAUCAUCAAUAGAAAAGGUUAGGAGAAUCAAUAAAUUGAUCACCUAAGGGAAAAUGCUGUGAUCUGUCAUCGAAUUCUCUCAACUGAUUCUUUAAGGAAAUGUCUGGAGAUCAGUCUUGAGAAUCUGUAUGUGGAUAUUCAAGGUUAAUUUGUCAUGGAAACUAUAUCUGGAUUUGUGCUAAUCGUCCUACGAGCAACUCGACCUUCCGUCAAGUAACUGAGCGUACAUAUCCUGAAACUACAACUUGGAGCUCAACGAGUCGGUAUUUCAGUAAAAUUUACAAACGAACAAAUCCACGAAUAGAAAAAAUCCAAAUCUUAUUUACAAGUCUUUGUUGACAACAACGAAUAAUAUAUACCCUAUGGAGGACCACGUAUUUUUAUAGACAGAGAUUGCGAAUAAAAGAAACAAACCGCGCUGCUGUGUGAAAGAUUGUCACCUUACUCAAAUAUGUAGCAAACGAACGGUAGGUCUAGUUAUUUUAAAGCAAACAGCAUUUGUAGGAAAUGCUGUGUUAUUGCAAGCGGUUAUUGCAAACUGUAAUGCAAAACUCAACCGG